AUGGAUACUUGUGAGAUUAAGUCACCAGAAGUUCCUCAACAAGGGACACCAACAGCAUGCACUACUUCAAUGAACAGAAAGAAACUUGGAAUUUACUUCAUUGAAUCUGAAGAUAGAAGAAUGGCUUUAGGACGUGGAUAUACAAGAGGUUCUACGCCUGUUAAUAUUCAUGGCAAAUCCAUUGUUGAUCUUUCUAAAACUGGUGGUUGGAUUGCUGCUUUCUUUAUAUUUGGAAAUGAAAUGGCAGAAAGAAUGGCUUAUUUUGGACUUUCUGUUAACAUGGUGGCUUUUAUGUUUUAUGUGAUGCAUAGACCUUUUGCAAGUUCAUCCAAUGCAGUCAACAAUUUCUUAGGAAUAUCACAAGCUUCUUCUGUUCUUGGUGGAUUUCUAGCUGAUGCAUAUCUUGGACGUUAUUGGACCAUAGCCAUCUUUACUACAAUCUAUCUCGCGGGUUUAACAGGAAUAACGAUAUGCGCAACAAUUAGCAUUUUUGUACCAAAUCAAGAAAACUGUGAUCAAUUGUCACUUCUAUUAGGAAACUGUGAGCCUGCAAAACCCUGGCAAAUGACAUACCUUUACACAGUUCUAUACAUUACAGCAUUCGGAGCUGCAGGUAUAAGGCCAUGUGUGUCAUCUUUUGGAGCAGACCAAUUUGAUGAAAGAAACGAGAACUACAAAUCACAUCUUGAUAGAUUUUUCAACUUGUUCUAUCUUUCUGUGACAAUUGGCGCAAUCAUAGCAUUCACCGCAGUUGUUUAUGUCCAAAUGAAAUAUGGUUGGGGUUCUGCUUUUGGUUCAUUGGCAAUAGCAAUGGGAGUAUCUAACAUGUUGUUCUUCAUUGGUACACCUUUGUAUAGACAUAGAUUACCGGGCGGAAGUCCUCUUACACGUGUCGCUCAAGUUCCUGGUAGGAAAUCCGCUAUAAAGGGUAGCCAGAAAAUCGCUCAUACCGAUGAUUUCAGGUUUCUUGACAAAGCAGCAUUACAAUUGAAACAAGAUGGCCCUAAUCCAACUCCAUGGAACCUUUGCACAGUCACACAAGUAGAAGAAGUGAAGAUCCUCAUAAAACUAAUCCCAAUUCCAGCUUGUUCCAUCAUGCUCAAUGUAAUCUUAACAGAAUUUCUAACUCUCUCAGUUCAACAAGCAUACACAUUAAACACUCACUUAGGCCAACUAAAACUCCCCGUUACGUGCAUGCCCGUUUUCCCGGGCCUAAGCGUCUUCCUAAUCUUGUCCCUCUAUUACCAAACCUUUGUACCUGUUUUUAAACUCAUCACUGGCCAUCCACACGGCGCAUCACAGCUUCAACGAAUAGGUAUCGGUUUAGCCGUUUCAAUUCUCUCGGUUGCUUGGGCCGCAAUCUUCGAGAAAUAUAGACGAAACUACGCAAUUCAAAACGGUUUUGAAGCUAGUUUCUUAACUCCAAUGCCAAAUUUAAGUGCUUAUUGGUUAUUAAUCCAAUAUUGCUUAAUUGGCGUGGCUGAAGUUUUCUGCAUUGUUGGCUUGUUGGAGUUUCUAUAUGAAGAAGCACCUGAUGCUAUGAAGAGUAUUGGUUCUGCUUAUGCAGCUUUAGCUGGCGGUUUAGGUUUGAGCUUGAUCAAUUUCUGUGUGUUCUUAUUUUCAGCACAUAGAUACAAAUAUAGGACACAACAUGUUUAUGAGAUGGAGAAUGUUAAACAAGAUGUGAUAAACCAUGGAAGCUCUACAACAGUUUCUAGCUAG